AUGCGGAGUCCUGCCCUCGGGACUCCUCUGUCGAUAAUGGCUUCAUCCCAUAGUACUCUACCAAGAAGAUUCCUGAAAAGGCCAAAGUCUGCUCUCAGAGAAGACGCAGUCCUGGAAAAAUCAUCUGUACAGACAAUUGGUGAAGAACAAAUACAGAAUCCUUACACGGAGCUCCUUGUGUUGAAAGGUCAUCAAGAUAUAGUACGAUUUCUAGUGCAAAUAGAUGACUGCAGGUUUGCAUCUGCGGGAGAUGAUGGAAUCGUAUUUCUGUGGAAUGCUCAGACUGGACAAAAACUUUUUGAACUUCAUGGACACACACACAAAAUUACAGCUAUAGCACCAUUUUCUUCGUCAGAUACUUCUGAAGAAAAAAACCAUUUGAUUUUAACAGCAUCAGCUGAUAGAACAGUUAUUGUUUGGGACUGCAGUAGUGGCAGGCAGGUUCAGAAAGUUUCAUGUUUCCAUUCUACUGUAAAGUGUUUGACAGUUCUUCAAAGACUGGAUGUAUGGUUGUCUGGAGGGAGUGAGCUAUGUGUUUGGAACCGAGAAUUAGAUCUCUUGUGUAAGACCAGUCAUCUCACUGAUGCAGGUAUCAGUGCUUUGGUUGAAUUGCCUAAAAAUUGCGUUGCGGCAGCUGUUGGCAAGGAGCUAAUCAUUUUUAGGUUGAUGGCUUCUAAUGGUGGAUCUGAAGAUUGGAAUGUCAUUGAACUAAAACGCCUUAGUGACCAUCAGGAUAACAUUUUGUCAUUAGUCAGUGUCAAUGACUUGACUUUUGUGACAGGUUCUCACGUGGGUGAGUUAAUAGUUUGGGAUGCACUUGACUGGACAAAGCAGGCAUCUGAGUGCAACUUCUGGGACUCCUCUGUCCAUUCAGAUGUGCAGCCGGAGAUAAAGUUAUCCCAAAGCCCAAAUGAAACUUCAGUUCAACAUUUAACAUCUGAUGAGGAG